AAUUUGUAUUUUGCGGUUACAUCUAGAUUUAGAUCGGUAUUGAAUUUCUGGAUGUUCUUGGGAUUUGUCAGCUACUAUUCUUGGGAUUUCUAGAAAACCUUAGCAGCAAUCUUCAAAUAAACUUUCACUUGUAGAUCUAGAUUACAAGUGAACAACACGGAUUAGAACUUGUGACUACACGAAUAUCUUCAGAUCAUUUCAACACGUACAAGUCAAAUAUUUUUCUCAAUAUUGCCAGUGACGCCAGUGUAGUACGCACCCACUAACUAGGAGACUAUUGUUUUCUUCUUUGGAUUUUAAAAUUGGUUUCAACAUAAAUACCAUCAAUCUUUUUCAGAAGUGUUGCACAGGAUUAAAAACCCUGUAAAAAAAAUUUAUUCAUACUUUGGAUUAACAUCACAGAAAUAAUCAAACUAUUCAUAAUGGCAUCCUGUGUUCUCAUUACUGCGAUCAUCUGUGUUCUAAUCACUGCUGUAGCAGUCAUUGUUGCCUUUGCAACACCAAACUGGGCAAAGUUUCAGGCCCUCAGCAGUACUGGCCUUUGCGAUUGUCAUAAUUGUGAUUGUGGGUUGUGGCUUCAGUGUGCAGGUGGUGCCAACGAUGGGUCUAUUGACAACUGCAAGUGGUAUUUCACAGAUGAGUUUAGGAUUGAGAAGUUAUUGCCAGAAUGGUUCAAAGCUGUCCAAGGUUUGAUGUCCUGUGCCAUAGCUAGCAGCUUGAUUUCACUCAUAGUUGGUCUCUUCUCUCUGUGCUGUUCCUGUAAGAACUGCAGCCCUCACCAUGCAGCUGGGGUCUUCAUUCUGCUCACAUUUAUGUUGGUCACCACAGCUGUGUGUUUGUUUGGGGCUAAAGGUCAUCUAGACUAUGACAUGAAGGUGGUCACAGAUGACACCAACCUAACUGUGUCUAUCUACGGGUGGAGCUUCUGGGUGGCAGUGGGCGCCGCAGGGAUGGCCUUGAUUUCCAGCUUCCUGUACCUCUGUGUUGGGCGUCAGGACGAAUAUGUUUAGUCCAUAUGUUCUUCCAUGUUCUUGUCCGUGUUAAUAUAAAAUUAUUUGUACACACAUUAGAGAACUUGUAUAGAUUUUGUUUAUAUAUUUAUAAAUAUACAUUUGACAUUUCUGUAAAAAAAAAUGAAAACAACUUUUCUCCUUUCCUACACUUCAAACUAUUUCUGUUUGAAAUGGUACAAAAUGUUUCAGUGUGGGGCAAAGGGAGGGAUAUUGUCACACAUAAAAUAUGCUAGCUAUCUCCCUCCAUCUUUAUUAACAUCCCCUGAAGAAGUCAUUUCUAUUUUAGUAUAAGCCUCACUCUACACCAUCAAGUUUAGUUUAUAAAGAGUCAGUGAAAGAUGUGAAUUUAUUUUUAUGCACAUCCUGCAAGAGUAAUACUUUUUGAAUAGCCCACGGGGAGGUAACCGUUUUAGUGCAGUGCGUUCUCAUUGAGGGGAAGUAACUGUUAAUGCUAGCGGUUACUUAUUUUAACAACAUUAUUUAAGUUGGAACUCUUUGUAAAUGUUACACCUGGGUAGGAAGAUAGUUUUGUAAACCAACGCCGGCACAUAGGCCUAGAAGUUGUAAGAAUUAAAGAAAUGUACUGUGUACUGAUUAUUUGGAGUUGAUGUGCAUAAAUAACCUAUGAAGCCGAGGUGGUCAGGGAAUCUUCAAUUAUCAGGAACAAAUUGUCAUUCAUUCACCAACCCAUGCUUGUUACAAUCAUCCUCAUCAUUAUCUCUGCCUGUGGUCCCAUCAGGUGCAUAGGCCACCAACCAGCUUCCUCCAGGCAUCUCGGUUCUGCUGUAAAAUGUUUUGAAAUAUAUAUGCGUGCAUAACAUGUAUGUUUUACAUUAUCACUCACUUGAUACAAGGCACAUAUGAUCUGAUAGAAAAAAAAUUAUUGAGAAACACAUUGCUCCUAGCAAUUUUUUUGUAUUCAAUUUUACUGUGGGGCUGUAGUUUGUCAUUAUGCAGAGAGAAACUGCACCUUUCUAUCACACUCUGGGGCUCUAGUUUUUUUUUCAAAAUGCAGAGAGAAACCUUUAACCUCUCUAUCAUACUGUCAGGCUGUAGUUUGUCAACAUGCAGAGAUAUCACACCUUUCCACCACACUAGAGAUUUUUGUCAUUACUUUAAUGAGGGACCACUCUAUCUAAAGGCUAGCAGCUCCUAAAAUGAAUUCUACUGUACACAUUAUAUGCAGCUGUUGUUUUUUUCACCAAUGAUAUUGCUUAAUGCUGUAAUGUUUAUCUCACACAUUUGAUUUUUAAGGUUGAUGUCAAAUUUUAUAAAGUUGAUUUAGUUGAAAUGUUGCAAUAGAAUUUUUAUGGUUUGGUUUUAACUUCAUGUAUCUUAUUUUAGUCAGCAUAUGUUUCAUAUUCAAUUAUGAGGAUUCAGUCAAGAAAGUUUAAUUUCCAUUUUUAUUAUUCUGCUCAGACCAAGGAGUAGUCAAUAUGUAAAGAUUUGAUAACAACACAAGGUAUUGUUUGUUUACACGUUUUUUUUUAGAUCUUAAUGUGUCUUAAAGAAAAGAUUUAUUUUUAUUUUGUAUGUUUUAAAGAAUUCAUACUCCGGGCUAUCUGUGACAUAAUGCUGAGUCUUUAACUACUGUGAAUGAAAGUUUUUUUGUGUGCUUGCACCAUGUCUAUCAUUCCGACCAUAAAUAAUGGCCAGGCUUUGAUCUCGUUUCUAUAAACUGAACCAUGUUCAAAUACUGAAGGAGGCCAACAUUCAACAUGUCCAACUAUCCAUGACAUAGCAUUCAUUUUUUAUUAUAAGCUGUUGCGUUACAGUGCUUACUAUUAACAUUAUAAUUAGCAUUGUAUUUCUACCUAUUGGUGCUGGCCAUCAGUUGAUCAAUAAAUUAAUAAGACUUGUAAUUAUUUGGUGUCAGAUAGUUUAACAUUCAAACUGUGGCACAUAUAUUUAAAAAAAAACUCAAAUGUAUUGGACUUUGAACUCAAGGCUCAAAGUUUCUAAGUAAUAAUAAUCUUUUUGUUUUAUAUUAUUCCCAAAUGUUUGUCCUAAAUACAGACUUUUUUUUACUUGAGUGAAUUACACAUGAGAUUACUCCUCAAGAUUUGUGUACUAGUCAAAGCUGUUUGUGAUGGUUUGUCAUUACUACUACAAUACAUCUACAUCUACACUUUGCGAGUGCCAUUCUGAUUGAGAAAUCAAAAGAAUUAAGAGAGGAUUGAAUGGAUGCUGUUUAGUCAGGACUGGGUUUAGACUUGAUAAGCUUCAUAUGCUAUUGGAGAUAGGGGACCCAAUGUAAUAAACAUAAUAAAUUUUUUCCUUUGACCUUUCAUCAAAAUGAUUGAGAAUAUUUCUAGAACUAUUUUUGAGGGGCCCUCAAGCGAGCAGUUUCCCUAAGCUAAUGUGGCCUAAAGGUCACUUCAACUUCACGUUUCUCUUAGUCUUUUGUAGCGUUGGGGCACCACACAAGAACUGUCUUUCUCCAUUCUUCUCUGUCCUUUGCCUUGGAUAGAAAUUCAUUCAUUUACAGGCCUGUCCAUUCUAUGAUGCUGUCUUCCCAUCGCUUUCUCUAUCUUCCUAUUCUUCUUCUUCCUGGUACUGUUCCCUGAAGGAAGGUCUUUGUGAGCCCUGAGGACAUUGUGUUGUGAGUUGGAGUUUAUGUUUUUUUGACAAAGGUUAGUAGGCCAUCAUGGGGUCCAAUUGCUGUAUUCAUCCUGUUUAUUCCUCUUCAUUCUUGAUGUGGUCUUUGACACCUAAAAUGUUUCUGUUGCAUCCUAGUUCCACUGCUAGGAUGGUCUAUAGGUAAAUCAGUUAAAAUCCAGUACAGUUUGUCCCAUUCAAGUCUGAAUCUAAUUUUUGUGCAUGUGUGUUUGAGAUUGUUUUAUUUCUUGCCCUUGGUUGAAUGAUUUGUUGAGCUGUAGGAUGAAGUUGAAUGUGCUGUUUGGUCAAUGAGGUUUUUACUGCAUGCCCCACACACUUGUUGUCUUUACACAGCCUCUUCACACUUUCUUCUCUUGUGGAAGUUUGAACUUGGGUUGACAGGAUUUCUUUAUGUUUGAAGAAUGACAGCCUACAUUGUGAUGCCAAGAGAAACCUGAAAGCUAACUCUGAUAUUAAUUGUAUGUUUUAUGGACUUAUGAUAUUAUUGAGGCUUUUCUGUUUAAUCCUGUUUGUUUGAAUGACUUGACGCCUUGAUGAAAUGGCAGCAUGGAGUUUUUCACUUUCUAGGAUGUUGCUGUGUAGCUAUGGACUUUCUUUGUCUCUUCAUGGUUGGGAAACAAAACAACAUACCAAUGUUUUUAACUACAAUAAAAAGAUGCAUUGGCAGCAGAUGAGUUGGCAGCUUUAGUGAGCAUUCACAUUGUCUCUGUACUGUUUAUCUCACAGCUAAGUGAAUUAGUUCUUUUUUUUUCCUUGUGUGGACUUUGAUGUGCUGAAACUUCAAAACAUUAUUAAUAUAUAUAUAUAUAUUUUUUGGUUUCAUUUAUCACUGUCACAAGUGUCAUAUGUAAAUACUGAACUUUCAAGUUAUUAGAUAAUUACAACUUUUGUUACAAAAUUUUAGUGAUGGAUAGGACAUUUUUCAAAUGUACAUCUAUACUGUAUUUAUUUUUUGUUUAAAUAUUUAAACUCUUUGUCAAUAUAUUUGUUAAAAACAAAACAAAAGCAAUUUUAAAAUAAAGUUUGACUUAAAUGACUAAAAUAUUCAUAUUUUAAUAGCUUAUUUUGUUGUACAUACACCUUUUGAAACUGUAUAUAUUUAUAUUUUGUACAUGUAUUUAUUGUCCAGAAAUGCUAUUCUACAAUUCUAAUCUUAAACUGUCUUCUAAAACUCCAGAUAUUUAUCUGAAGGUCUAAACACCCAAAUCUUUUUUUUUUU